GCCCUUUUGAGACCUUUGCUUUUCGUAGGAUGUCUUUUGGUCUCUGUAAUGCCCCUGCCAUCUUCAUGAGGUGCAUGAUUGCCAUAUUUGAAAAAUACAUUGGCCACUUCAUGGAGGUAUUCAUGGAUGAUUUCUCUAUUUUUGGAGAAUCCUUUGAAAAAUGCCUUGAAAAUCUGGAAAAAGUACUUAUCCGCUGCAAUGAAACCCACUUAGCCUUAAGUUGAGAAAAAUGUCACUUCCUUAUGAAAGAGGGUAUAGUACUUGGACACAAAGUGUCAAGUAAAGGGGUCGAGGUUGACCGUGCGAAAAUUGAAACGAUAGAGAAACUUCCUCCACCAACCACGGUAAAAGCCAUCCGCAGUUUCUUGGGACAGGCGGGCUUUUAUCGUCGUUUUAUAAAGGAUUUCUCUAAAAUCGCAAAAUAUCUCACCCGGUUACUUGAAAAAGAUGUGGUUUUUAUAUUCUCCGAUAAAUGUCACCAAGCUUUCCAAACACUUAAAACACAACUGAUUAAUGCUCCAGUACUUGUGGCCCCGGAUUGGAGUUUACCUUUUGAACUCAUGUGUGACGCUAGUGACUUAGUAGUGGGGGCCAUUCUCGGCCAAAGGAAGGACAAGAACUUCCAUCCAAUCUACUACGCUAGCAAAACUCUGUCAGGGCCACACCUGAACUACACCACCAGUGAAAAAGAAUUCCUUGCUAUUGUUUGUGCGUUAGAGAAGUUUAGGACUUACGUCAUUCUUUCGAAGGUUAUUAUCUAUACCAUCAUUCGGCCAUUAGAUAUCUCCUCCAAAAGCAUGAUGCUAAGCCUAGACUGUUACGCUGGGUUCUUUUGUUGCAGGAAUUUGAUAUUGAAAUCAGGGACCGGAAAGGGUCUGCUAAUCAGGCAGCUGAUCACCUUUCGAGGUUAGAUGUCGAAUUAGCAGAAACCUUUGGAAAAUGUGAAGUGGAGGAACUUUUUCCUGCGGAGAGGUUGAUGGCAAUAUCCGCCAAUGAACAAACACCAUGGUAUGCUGACAUUGCCAACUACCUUGUUGGUAACAUCAAGCCUACAGACCUAACAAGGCACAUGAAGAGGCGGUUCCUGUCAGAAGCAAAGCACUAUUUUUGGGAUGAUCCAUAUCUAUUCCAAAUUUGUGCUGACCAGGUGGUGAGAAGAUGUGUUACUGAAUCUGAGGGAAGAGACAUACUGAAGCAUUGUCACAGCGGCCCUACUGGGGGCCACUUUUCAGGGAAUAGAACUGCCAGAUGGGUUCUGGACUGUGGGUAUUUCUGGCCCACGAUUUUUAAAGAUGUUAAUGUAUUUGUUUCCUCUUGUGAUAACUGUCAGCGAAUCGGGAAUAUUUCUGGUUGCAAUGAGAUGCCCCAACACUUUAUCUUACCUUGUGAGGUAUUUGAUGUUUGGGGCAUCGACUUUGUUGGACCUUUCCCGAGCUCGAGAGGAAACAAAUACAUUCUUGUGGCCAUUGAUUAUGUUUCUAAGUGGGUUGAAGCCCAGGCCCGCGUCACCAUCGACUCUCGAGUAGUCGUAAAUUUUCUGGAAAAAUUGUUUACUAGAUUUGGUGUGCCUAGGGUUUUGAUCAGUGACAGAGGGACUCAUUUCCACAAUGAUCCAAUGGCCAGAAUCUUGGCCAAAUAUGGAGUCCAACAUCGGAGCGGAGUAGCGUCCCACCCCCAAACUCAGGGGCAGGUUGAGAACGCUAACAGGGAUUUGAAGUCCCUUUUGGAGAAAAAUGUUGCCCAGACCAGGAAAGACUGGUCAACUAAACUUGGCGAUGCACUUUGGGCAUUUCGGACUGCGUACAAAACCCCGAUCGGAACCACGCCUUUUCGCCUUGUAUGCGGGAAGUCUUGUCACUUACCCAUUGAACUCGAACACAAAGCACUUUGGGCAAUGAAAAAUGUGUGUUUUAAACUUGACGCUGCAGGGAAAGAACGAUUUUACCAGCUGAAUGAACUGGACGAGUGGAGAGCGCAAGCUUUUCAUAACUCCAAACUUUACAAGGAACGGGCCAAACUCUAUCAUGACCAACACAUCAAGGCCCGUGAUUUCAAUGCUGGGGAUAAAGUGCUACUGUUCAACUCCCGAUUAAAACUAUUCCCGGGAAAACUCAAAUCAAGAUGGUCCGGACCGUUCACGGUCGUGAAAACUUACCCCUACGGAACCAUCGAGAUCGAAGAUGCAAACGGGGUCCCUUUAAAGUCAAUGGCCACCAACUCAAACUUUACCACGAUGGCCCGGUUGAAAAAAGCAAGGAGAUUCUCUAUCUCCAAAAACUUUGAAUCAAAGGAGGGAAUUCGUCAAGCUAGUGACGUUAAAGAAGCGCUCAUUGGGAGGCAACCCAUUCAAAAAAAAACUAACCUUAAAUUUUUUUUUACUUUAUUUUUAGCAGAUGUCUAGAGGAAGAAGUGACGACCCCAUCUCUCAGGAGCCACCACUGGCUAGGCAAGACCCACUACCUGUGCUAGACAUCCCAUUUGCUACUGAUGCUGAUCGUAGACGCUCCCAGACAUGGGGGCGUUUCCGCAGUCUUUUACCCCCCAUGAUUCUAGAUCAGGGGAUGCUCGAGACAUGGGGGUACUGGGACGACAUCGAUACGCUGCUAGGAGAUUCAUUAUGGCGGAGCAUUCUAUCUAUCGAGGAGAGGGCCAGUUUCUCACUGACGAUUGAUUUCCGGUGCUCACUGCACUUCACUCAUUAUGGCCAUAUCAUUCAGGUAGCAGGUGCCAUUGGGACGGAGACACGGAUGAGAUUCACUAUUUUGGGCAUCGAGCACUCCAUCACUGUGGCUGAGCUCGGAUGGAGGAUGAGGUUCUAUGCCCCGGCUUAUACAUAGACGGACGAGUUCCGCGCUCUCCCGACCCAUCUACCGGAGGGGUUUGACAUUGACGAGUUCUGGCACACACACUCUACCGACACCGGGGCCUUUCUUCGUGUGUACCCCUUGGCAGCCCGAUAGAGGCGGACACACUGGUAUAUACUCUCAUUCAUGCUAUCUUGUGGUUUUUUUGGACGACCUAACAACACAAACAAGUUGUCCAAAAAGGACAUAUUCUUCUUUUGGAGUUUGAUUCACCAGAGCCCGGUGAACAUGGCAGUCCUUAUGGCUCGUUUCUUCCGGAGCCAAGGGAAGAGUGUCCGCCACACUAUUCAGGCAGGGCCUUUCGUCACGAUUCUCCCUGGGUCAUUCUACCCUGACCUAGACAUUCCCGGGUUACUACAUGUGCCAGAUAGCAUCCGCGUUCUUCGGUCCUCAUCCUUUGUGAACAUGAGGAUCAAGAAGUAGCGGAAUACUCAGGAGCUCCCAGGCAUUGAGCAGACAGUGGAGUAGAGCAGCUCUUCUCGGGCACCACCACAUAGGGGAUCUGGUACUCCAGCAUACGACAUGCCCAGUGAACCUUAUUGGAGAACGAUGAUGGACGGGAUGAGGAGUCUUCAGACCUCGUUCUCAGAGUUUCGGGACGCACACGUGACGGAGUUCCGAGACUUUCGAUCAAGGAUGCAGGAGAUGCAGGAGGCCGCCAUCAGGGAGAUGCAGGAGACACAGACCACGACCCUGGCUGAGUUCCGGGAUUAUCGACUGGCACAGGAGGUCACCGUCAGACAAAUGCGCCAGCAGAUAGAGGCUCAGCAGGUGGAUAUCGAUGAGAUAAAGGAUUGACUUGGGCCUCAUUAUGGCCCACGGGAUGAGAUUGGCUCUGAUUAGUUUUUACUUCCUUCUUAACAUCUUACUGUGUUUGUUUGUUUAUUCAGGUUGGACAUUACAUUGCUCUUUUGACUUGAUUGCUCAUACAAAC